CUUCAAAUCUUCAAAGUCCCGGCUUCAAAAUUGCUUGACAAACGGAUAAACCAAUUCAAUAGCUAAGUAGUCAAUACAACUGGACCACGCAGAAGAUAUCAGCGCUGGCGACUGCAGAAGAAAUAGCGAAGCAAUGUCGCCUUUGCAGCUAACGGUCGUCACCUCGGCAAGCACAAGCGAGACCUCUAGCAGCUCAAUAUGUCGAGCAUACCUGGCUGUAGAGACGCUCCGGGAGAGAAAGCUGGCCGCUGGAUCAUGGGCAGUCUUGACAUCUGCAUCAAAAUCUGACGCACAGAGCUCUCAAUCGGGUGCGGCGGAAAGUCUUACUGCUCAGCUAUGGCCAUCAGUCAACGUCGACCCCGAAGCUAUACAGCUCUCUUCCUCCCACCUCAAGUCGUUCGUCGAUGCGAACAAGGUUAUCGUCACUCCGAUAGAUGUCAACCAGGAUAUCGUCAAGGUAGCCAAAUCGAUCCGGUUAGAGAUGGAGCCGAGCACGACGAAGAAGUUAGCUUCAACGGGUGAUGAUGCCGAGAGGGAAGAGAAGUGGACGGAGGCUGUGAUUAGGGAACGUCUCAUGGAACAGAAGUACCUCACCUCCGGCCUCGUCGUCGAGAUUCCUUCGGCGAAGAUCCCAAUUCCUGCCUACCGGAUCAGAGUGAUGACCGCUUCCACCAAGGUUUCCGCGGGAGGAGGCGGAGCCGUCAACGGUACAACGAGCUUGGCGGACAAGAUGAAAGAUCUCAGCGUUAUCGAACCGAUCGAUAUCCAGCUUAUGAACUGGAAGACCGAGAUCGUGCUCUCCGUCAAGACCGCUGGGAAGGAUCAAGGAUCGGAUGCGGAUAAGAAGGUGCUGGCGAGCUCUUCGACUAGGACGAAAGCUCUUGCCAACAACUCGGCUUUACCCUCGUAUAUCAAUAUCUUCCCUCCUGGACCUCUUCAAUCCAGGUCCGCCUCGUUCUCCGCUUACGCGACGCUAGGAGGACUAUCAAAGCAGAUCUCGCAAGUCCGAGGCUUGCUCGAUUUGCCCCUCUCACAACCCUCGAUCUAUCACAAGUUCGGGCUGAAACCGCCUCGUGGAAUCCUCCUCUACGGUCCUCCCGGUACGGGGAAAACCCACCUCGCUCGGGCUAUCGCCAGCUCGACACCUGGUUGUUCUUGUAUCGUCGUCAACGGACCCGAGCUGUCGGGGGCUUAUCAUGGAGAGACGGAGGAACGCGUCCGAGCUGUCUUUGAAGAGGCUAGGCGGAGAGAACCUUGUAUCAUCGUCUUAGAUGAGGUGGAUGCGAUCUGUCCUCGGCGAGAAGGAGGAGAAGGUGGCGAGGUCGAGAGGAGGGUCGUCGCGACGCUGUUGACGCUGAUGGACGGGAUGUCGGAAGGGGUUGUACGGGACCAAGAGGAGGUUCAAGAAGACGAACAGGAAAGUGGAUCGAACGGACUACCACGGGUGGUAGUGAUCGCUGCUACCAACCGACCGAACGCUCUCGACCCGGCUCUAAGACGACCAGGGAGAUUCGACCGGGAGAUCGAGAUCGGGAUCCCAGAUGCAGAUGCUCGUUUCGAUAUUCUCCAGAUCUUGAUUUCCAAAAUCCCUCAUUCGGUCGCUCAAGCCGAUCUUCGGGCGAUAGCUGAUCGGACGCACGGGUACGUCGGUGCAGACCUGUCGGCUCUGGUACGGGAGGCCGGAUCGACUGCUAUACACCGUUGGAUGGCUGCCGGAGAAUCGCAAUUCAUGGAUUUCAGCAACAGGGUCGGACAGCCUUGCAUGGAAUACUCUGAUCUCACGCUAGCUUUACCGACCAUCCGACCAUCGGCUAUGCGCGAAAUCUUCCUCGAGCCGCCCAAGACGCCUUGGUCGUCGAUCGGUGGACAGGAACAUAUCAAGCAAAAGCUCAAGGAGUGCGUCGAAUGGCCGAUCACGAAAAAGGCCGUCUUUAAGAGGCUCGGGGUGGAAGCUCCUCGAGGGGUUUUGCUUUACGGCCCGCCAGGGUGUUCGAAGACGUUGAUGGCGAAAGCGCUGGCUACCGAGAGUGGAGUCAAUUUCAUGGCCGUUAAGGGACCCGAACUCCUUAACAAAUUCGUGGGAGAAUCAGAGAAGGCGGUCCGAGAGAUCUUCCGGAAAGCUCGAGCUGCAUCUCCUUCAAUCAUCUUUUUCGACGAGAUUGACUCGCUCGGACUGUCCCGCUCUGGCAGCGAUUCGGGUAGCUCGGGCGUAGGUGAUGGCGUUCUCACAAGUCUGCUCAACGAGAUGGAUGGAGUCGAGUCCUUGAGUGGUGUCGUCGUCGUGGCAGCUACCAAUAGACCGGACAGUCUGGAUCCGGCCCUUCUUCGACCUGGACGUCUAGACCGAAUACUUUACGUCGGUCCGCCAGACUUUGAGGCUCGUAAGCAGAUCUUCAAGAUCAGGCUACGGGACAUGAGAACGGAUGACUCGGUCGACUUGGACGAGCUUGCCACAAUCACGGAAGGUUGUUCUGGAGCAGAGAUCGUUUCGAUCUGUCAAGACGCGGCGCUCGCCGCCAUGAACGCUUAUUACGCCGACUCGGAAAGAAGCGAAGACAACGAUGAUGAUGGGCCGGAUUGUAUCGACAGCCGUUUCUUGUUGGGUGCAGCGAAAGGACAGAAGAGACGUAUCACUCGACAGAUGAUCCGAGGAUUCGAAGCAUGGAGAGAUAGUGUCGAGACAAGAGAUGCAUAGUCAACACGACGUGAACGGUGUACAUAAUGGACAAGAUGAACACACGAAGCCAAGGAUAUAUAAAUAAACGAU